GGAGUCACGAUCAUGUGUGAUUCGUGGAUGGGGCCUAUGCGUAACUCGGUCAUUAAUUUCUUGGUGUAUAGCGGUGGCACCAUGUAUUUCUUGAAGUCCAUCAAUGCGUCCGACAAAAUACAGGACCAUCAAUACUUGUUGAAGGAGAUACGAGCAGUGGUCAUGAAAGUGGAGCCUCACAAUGUGGUUCAGCUUGUCACGGAUAAUGGUUCGAACUACAAAAAAGCCUGCAAAAUUCUCUGUCACGAGUUCCCUACCAUUGCAUGGCAGCCUUGCCUUGCCCAUACCAUCAACCUUAUGCUGAAGGACAUAGGGAAGUGGCCGGAGCAUGAUGCUUGUAUUCGAAGCGCGCAACGAAUUUGCAGCUGGCUCUACAACUCCAAUAGUUUACACAGCAUGAUGAGGGAAGCCAUCGGUGGAGAGUUGGUCAAGUGGAAUGUAACAAGAUUUGGGACCAACUACAUGUUCCUUGAAAGCAUGUAUAAGAAGAAGGACCAGUUCAUGACAUGGUUAGUGUCACCUGAGUUCCGACGGUCCCGCCACUUCAAAAGUGAAACUGGAAGGUACAUUUACGAAUGCAUCACAAGUCUUGAAUGGUGGGCGAAUAUGGAGUAUGUGAUCAAUGAUGUUGAGCCUCUGUACAUGUUUUUGAGAUUUGCUGACACAGACAAGACACCUAAUUUGAGUGAGGUGACAAUGGAGUAUCAAAACAUGAGGCAGACAUAUGCCAGCAAGUUCAGCAGUGACUACCCCCGGUUUGAAAAGAUCAUGGCUGUGAUAGAUGCAAGGAUGACCACAGUGAUGUCAGGCACAUAUAUGGCCACUGCUUGUGCUCUUAACCCUUAUGUGCAGUACAGUUUGGGCACAUCACAGAAAGUCAUGGCAGUAAUGCGCAAUGGUCUGGAGAAAAUGUUGGAUACUAAUUCAGCAGCAAUUGCAUUGCAGGAAUUUGAAAUAUUCAGGAUGAAGCAAGGUGAGUUCUCUAGUGACAUUGCUAGGCGAAUGGCCAUUGACCGGAAAACUUCACCAGCUGCUUGGUGGGCUACAUUUGGGGGAGAUACACCAGUGUUGCAAAGGGUCGCCCGACGCUUGUUGUCGCAGUGUGCAGCCUCUAGUGGAUGUGAAAGGAACUGGAGCACAUUUGCUUACAUCCACACCAAACUGCGCAAUAGGUUGAGCCACCAGAAAUUGGACAAAUUGGUCUUUGUGAACUACAACCUCCGCUUGCGUCUGCAACGUGCUACUAGAGGGGUCGAUCCAUAUGACUAUGAUCCAGUUAGCAGUUUCAUGGAUCUUUCUUUGUACCGGCAGUCAUCAGCAAUUCAAGAUUGGAUGAAGCAAUCAAGGUCCAAUGGAGACCCAGCAUUUGAUGAAGACUCAGACUUCACUGACACUCCAUUGCCGAGCCAGAUGUUCACUGAUAUAGGCUCUUCUCAUGGUCACGAUGAAGAUGUGGAGACAUGGGCCGAAGAAACAAUUGGGGACACACAUCUGGGAAAAAGGAAGACUAAGAUUGGUCCCGAAAUGAGAAAAGGGAAGAAACCACGCACUGAGGAGGAGUUAGGUAGUGACGAUACCACACCUGAGCCUAGUGGUGGUGAGGACAUUGGUGAUGAUGAUGAUGAUGAUGAUGACGAUGAUGAUGAUGAUUCCAGUAGCAGUGAAGGUGAUGGCAAUGAUGGCAACGAAAGUGGUGGUUAUCGUAUAUCUCCUACUAUAAGAUUCACUGGGGAGGAGGACUUCACCCAUGCAACACAAGAUACAGAUCAUGGAGCACCUACUUCACAACGACAAACAACAUCGACACAGCGACAUGGUCGACAGGCCCCACUUGCAUAUGAUGAAGAUAGCUCCAACUCUGCCUCCAGUGGUCAGUACUACAACCCUUACAGUACUUCUCCCCCUGCAGGGGGCUUUCUGUGGCCACCACCAGGGGUGGUGAACCCGCCACUUCCGCAGGCAGUUGCAGCAUUGCCUUAUUUGGAUUAUCACGGCUACCUACCAUAUGGAGCUCCACAGUUGCAAUAUCGCCCACCUACGUACGUGUAUUUGUCACCAACAGACGAGCCGUAUGAGGGACCACCGGGAGAGAGAUUUGAGGACUGAAGAAUGCAGGUACUUAUCCUAUCAACAGAACUUAUCUAUACGUUUUGCUUCCUCUACUUAUUCAAUUUAUUUCACAUAAAUAUUUAAAUGCAGAGAAUAUGCUACAUGGAUUAUUCUGGACUAUGUCUUUGCCUCUGUUGUAUCUUUCGAUUGUAAUAAUUCUAAGGGACUUUGGAUGUAUUGCGUUCUAUGUGUGGACUUUGGACAUGAGUUAUGUGUAAUAAUUCUAAUGGACUUUGGAUGUAUUA